GAACGGUACGAACGGAUAAAAAUGACAAAAUUGUCUCUCUUUGCAGUUUUGUGCUGCUUCUUAGCCACAACUGCAUUCGCUAACCCCAUUUACGAGCCCGUGGCUUCUUUCACAAAAGAACGCGCUGAUGUCAGUUAUCGCCUGCCCAAUAACUCGAUCCCAAUUAGUUACAAUGUGAGAUUAACCACGCGCGUGGACAAAGAAGAUUUCGAUUUUACGGGCGAAGUUGAAAUUACGCUCAAUAUUACGGAGAAAACGGAUAAAGUUACGAUCCAUCAACGUCAAUUGACGAUUGAGUCUUCAAAUGUGUCGUGUAAUGACGAAAAGGAACGAAAGGUGGAAUUCACCUAUGAUGAGGUUACGGAACAUAUGGUCUUUGAUUUGACAAAAGUGUAUGACGUCGAAACACAAUGUGUUCUUUUUAUCACGUACAAGGGCAAUUUGAGAACAGAUAACGGCGGAUUUUAUCGUUCGUCCUACGUUGAUGCUGAGGGAAAAACAAAAUGGCUCGCUACCACACAAUUUGAGUCAACUGACGCUCGUCAUGCGUUCCCCUGUUAUGAUGAACCCGGACUUAGAGCUACUUUUGACAUUGAAAUCACCCACGGAGACGAACCCUAUCACGCAAUUUCGAACAUGGAAAUCGCUGACAUCGUACAAAAUGGAGAUGGAACAGCUACAACAAAAUUCGCAACAACGCCCUCUGUUCAACCCUAUUUGAUCGCUUUCGUUGUUUCGGACUUUACAUUUACCGAAUUAAAUGAGAAAGGCAAAGUCCCGCAAAAGCUUUUUGCUCGCCCAGAAGCUAUUGAUGCUAAAGAAGGAGAAUAUGGCGUGAAAACUGGCGUCGAAGUCCUCACUGAGCAAGAAAGAUACUUUGGAAUCAACUUCAAGUUGGAAAAAAUGGAUCAAAUUUCUAUUCCUGAUUUCCAAGCUGGUGCCAUGGAAAACUGGGGCUUAGUAACAUACCGUGAAGAAUUGCUGCUCUACAACAAAGAAUAUCACGCCUUGAACACAAAACGUCGCAUCGCUGGCAUCAUUGCUCACGAAUUUGCUCAUCAAUGGUUCGGUAACUUGGUUGCGCCCGAAUGGUGGAGUUAUUUGUGGUUAAACGAAGGUUUUGCCACGUUAUAUCAAUACACAACUGUAGAUACUUUGUAUCCGGAUUACGAUGAAAUGGGUUUCUUCAUCUUUGAAAAUUUGCAAGAUGCCAUGGAGUCGGAUGCCUUGGAGACAAAACGCCCGAUGACGCAUUACGUGGAGAAUCCAGUUGCUGUACGAAAUUUGUUCGAUGACAUCGCUUAUGCUAAAUCUGGAAGCGUACUUCGUAUGGUUCAACAUGCCAUGACUGAUGAAUUGUUUGCCAAGGGUCUUAAUGCCUAUUUGGAAGAAAAUUCCUUCAAAGCUGCCAAUCCCGAUCACUUAUCUGCUGGUCUCCAAACUGCUGUAGAGGGCGCUGAGCACAUCCCCAAAGAGAUCACUAUGAAAAAAUUCAUGGAUUCAUGGUCUACAAAAGCUGGUUAUCCCUUGAUCGAAGUCGAACGUACCGACGAUAACAAACUCAUCUUAACCCAAAAACGAUUCACCUACAAAGUUGGCGACGAAACUGACGAUACUUGGGUUGUUCCGAUCAACAUGGCUUCCGCUACGCACGCCAAAUUCGACGAUACCAAACCUCAAUAUUGGUUAACUGAAAAAUCAACUACGAUCGAACCUGCCAAAGAAAAUCCCGCAUGGACUGUUGACGACUGGAUUGUCUUCAACAAACAAGAAACCGGUUACUAUCGCGUUAACUACGACGAAAAACUGUGGCAUCAAAUUGGCGAAAAAUUGAAAUCAGACAAAUUCGACGAAAUCCAUCCCUUCAAUCGUGCCCAACUCGUUGAUGACUUGCUCAAUUUGGCACGUGCUAAUAUCAAAGACUACCCAAGCGUCUUCCGUCUCAUGGAAUACAUGAAGAAAGAGAUGCACUUUGUGCCAUGGUCCUCUGCCAGCAGUGGUUUACGUUACCUGCAACGUCAAUUACUCGGAUCGCCAAGUUAUGAUCACUUUAUGCGUUUCGUGCAAGAGAUCGUGUCGCCAUUGUUUGCGGAACUCACGUCGCAUGAUGGCGGCGAAGAUGAGCGACUUUCCGAUAAACAUGCGCGCACAAUCGCCAUUGACUGGGCAUGUCGCACUAAUGAUGCCAAAUGCAUCAGCGACACCAAAGAUCGCGUUAAGCAAGUACUCGAGGAUGACAACAAAGAAAUUGAAUCAGAUGUUCGUUAUAUUGUCUAUUGCAGUGGUUUACGUGAAGCGAAUGAAGAGGACUUUGAUAAAAUGAUGAAGCGUCUUGAGAAGCAACAAGAUCAGGAUUUACGUACAACUUACAUUAAUGCCUUGGGAUGCCCUCAAAACUCUGAGAUCCAAAAGAAAUAUUUGAACUCUUCGAUUGCUGAUGACAGUCCAGUUAAAUUCCGUAUUCAAGAGCGAAAUCGCGUCUUGCAAGGAGUUUAUGCCAGUGGUCAAACCGGUUUAGAAAACGCAAUGGCGUUCGUCAAAGAUCAUCACAAAGAAAUCCAAGCGAAAUACAACCCGCCAUCACCUGUCAAAACAAACGUCAUUUCAAUGGCGGAACGCGUAACCUCAAAGGAACUCAGUGAUCAAUUCACCGAUCUCAUGGAGGAACUCACCAAGGAGGGAUAUUUCACGGAAGAAGAAAAAGUAAAAGUUUUGGAGACACCCAAAGAAAAUAUCUUAUGGUCUGAGAAACACGAGACCGAAAUCAGAUCCUUCUUCGUGGAAUAUUACAAAGAUGGCGCUACCACAAAUAUCGUUUCCACACUUUUCCUUGGCAUGUUGUUAGUCAUCGGUUAUUUGCUUCAAUAAGGCACGCAUCGACGCGCAAUUUUGUGAUAUCAACGAGUAAAUAAGAGGCAUAAAAUAGGAGUUUUUAUCUAAUAAAAUCAUAAAUUUAUCAAAUA